AUGGAUCAAUUCGACAACCCAGCACCUUUGGAAAUUGCUGAGAUGUUCCGGUUUCAAUGCAGCAAACAACAAGAAGGAGAAACUAUCCAGGAGUUCCUGUACGCACUACAAAAAUUAGCAAUUAACUGUAAGUUCGGAAACUUUUUAAAGUUAGCUUUAAGAAAUCAAUUUGUAUACGGUUUACAUUCAAAAAGAAUACAAAGUAGAUUAUUAGAAACGAAAGAUUUAACGUUAGAUAGGGCAGUAGAGAUAGCAAGCGGUAUGGAAAUGUCAGAAAGGGAUACAAAUCAAUUACAUUCGAGAGCAAAUACAGCAAAUUCGUUAAAUUCUAAGAUUAAGAAACAAAAUACAAUGCAUGUUAAUUUUGAAGAGAAUAAAAAUGCUUUUGUAAAACCUAAACGUGAUGUAAAAAAAUGUUAUCGUUGCGAUACUACAAAUCAUCUUGCGGACAAAUGCGAUAAGAUAAAUAUUACUUGUAAUUUUUGUAAAAGAAAGGAGCAUUUGCAGAGAGUGUGUUUUAAAGCUAAAAAUUCGAAAUCUAAUACAAAUGUAGUUGAAGAAAUAGAGAACCAAGAGGAAUAA